AUGUCAAUCACUCCAAUUCUUCUCCUCCUCUCCUUCCUCUCAUCGAAAACCGCCGCCGCACUUACGCUCGAGCCUAGGGGCAGCGGACCCAACGGCGCUGAGGAAUGGACCUGGGAACACUACCCUCCCGCCAGCGUCGCCACGGGGGGAACCAACAGCGGAGCCCAAGCGCAAAGCUUCUCCUUUGCGAAAUGGGUCGAAGACGCCCGAAACGGCAAAGCCAUGAGCCCCAAAGAUGCCAUCGCCGCUUACAAGGCUGGUCAACAUACUAAACGGGAUGACAACAACAAUGACAACCCCUUGUACGACGACGACGACGACGGUGAUGAAUUACCGCCCUGGUAUUACACCUACGGUCCCGGUGCUGCCAGAAAUACCACUCGGCCCCUGGUCGAGGACACCUUCACGCUCGUGUCCGGGAUCGCGUACCACCCGGAAAUGUAUUACAUUGGCAAGGACGAAGGGAAGGAUAUCAUACACCAGUCCAACACGGCCAGAUUGAAUGUUAGGAGCGUGACGGGGCAGAAGUAUGGAGUUAAGGGGACGGAUAUUGCGAGGGCGGGCGGGUUGAUUAUGGAUUAUUGUACGUGGAAGGGAAGAAGUGGUGGAGGAGAGUACGCCUGGGGCAAUGGGUACCUUUAUGUCACUCUUGAGCAUACGGGUAAGGGGGAGAAGACGAUGCAGGAGAAUUUGAUGAUCCCAUAA